AUGCGACGCACAUGCCCUCUCCCUGACACUCAUCCUGAGUUCUCGAUCAUAGAAUGGCCAGGAUUCUGGGAAUAUCGAGUUGAGAACUGGCAUCUGGCCCGUGAUGGAAGCGGCAGGGUCAUCAACGGAGCCAAAACCUGGACUUGGUUUGACUCAGUCUUGCCUUUGGCGUUGUCUUUUGUAUGGCUGACGGUGUGGGACAGUACCCUUGCUUUAUCGGCAAUCGCUCUCGUUACUGCCUUACUCGCAUGGUCUAGGUGUAACCAAGUCCUUUAUGAAUCUGUGAUGCUCUUUCCUCCCCAUGGUGUUCAGAUAGAAUCACAUCGCGGGUUCCCCUCUUUAGAGCCUUUCUUUGUGUCUCGAAACUUCAUUCCACUGGAUACGCUUGAAGACUUCGUCAUCCAUGAAGGACUACGCAGGUUCAAUGUUCGGUUUUUCAUCGCUGCCCUCAAGCGAUCGGGAUCAUCUAAUGAAUUGUCAAUACAUGUUGCAUUUGAGAAUAUUUUACCUUAUUUUCCUGUCCUGCUUGAGGUAUACCAGGGGGUACAGCGCGUCAUGUUCCGUCGAGGUACAGAUGCUGUAGAUAGAAAUUAG